AUGUUUGUGGCAAUGCAUUUAAAGGACCCAAUCAUCUGGAUGUUCAACGUCUCGAGCUCACCACUGAGGCAAACACAAGGACCCAAUGCUCCCUCAGCCGCUCUGGCUGCAAGCAGCUCGUUCAGUCUCGAGGGCACCACUGAGGCAAACACAAGGACCCAAUGCUCCCCUCAGCCGCUCUGGCUGCAAGCAGCUCGUUCAGUCGACCAAUUUAAACUGCCUAUAUACUCACUACCUGCCAUACUGAUCAAACUGAUAGCCGAGACACCAAAAUGUGUUUGUGGCAAAUUUUGUUUUCUCAUGGACUCGCUGAAUAUCUAUAAACGUAUACGCUCUGCCAAAUUUGAAAGAAUCAAGAAUUAUAGCUACAGUCCAGAUCAGUUUAUAUAUGUUGAUAUUGUCAAGUGGCUACUGUAAGAAUGUUAAGUUGGAAUAUUUUAUUUAUUAUUUUAGUAUUACAAUUCUUAAUAAAGUCUGAUCUAAAUGAGAA